AAAAUAAAUAUUCAUUUCAAAUUAGAUGAUAGUCAUACAGACAGUCUGAGUCUUCCGGAUAGGUAUCGGGAUCAUUUUGCCGGCUUGGGAAUGGCAGCAGUGAGCGCUACAGAACCGCUUUGCCAACCUUGCACAUACGAUGCCAAAUUCAAAGUGGAGGUUCACUUGAAGAAGCCUCUGAUGCCGAUUCACCUGAGCAGCGAGCAGGUGGGCAUGGAGAUGCUGUGCCUUUGUAGCCAGUUGGACCUCCUGAUCAGGGCACAGGUGCACCAGUUCCAAGAACAGCUCAAGCAAGACACCAGCCCGGUGGAGUCUGAUUCCUUCCAAAGACAGAGUGCCGAGAUUAUAGAACGGAUGUACCUUUGCCUAGAGCACCUGCCCAAACCUGUGCCGCAGCUAGAGGACUAUAUGGAUGCAGUGGGCUUGUCCACCAUGUUCCCACGUGUGGAGGUCUUCAUCAUACAUGGCAGCCCAGUGGAUAUGCUGGAGAAACCAGCCAUGGAUGACUACUUUCCCCACAUUGGGAAGCUGAACCAGUUGCUGGUUCUUAGCCAGCAGCUGGAGGACGACGUGAAGCAUCUGGGAAGCCACAAGUACAUCGCACAUCAGCUGUCCGUCAUAUACCAAGUCCUCAGUUCUUUCAAAGGUAUCCUGCCAUUAUCCAUUCUAAAGAGGGACAUUGAAGCCAACUUCAAACAACUUAAAAUGUCCCUGGUGACUGAGGAGGGGUCCAAACAGGAGCCACAGUUACCUGCACAUUACGUCAGCUGGAUACUGGAUGUGACUCAGAGCAUUGUAUCUUCUGUGUCCUCACUACCUGAGGAACUGACCGAAGCCCUCAGUCCCGCCAUGGACUUCGUCUCCAGCCUCACAUGACCCCAGCCUGCAUGGCCUCCCCUGCAGCUCCAUGCUUCCAGAAUGGCUAGUGUCAGAUGGGAGUCUGGACGGGUGUGCAUGCACACUGCUGCUCAAUGGAUCAAUUCAUGGGGACUGAGUGUUGGGUAAAGGCCAUUCAGCCAUUGUAAUAUACGGAAAGAAUAGGCUGUUGUAUGUUUUAACAUUGUACUAUACAGUACUGUACUUCACAUUUAAGAAUACGAUAUUAAGCUUUCAGUUAUUCCUGGGCUGGGCUAUGAUGCUGAAAGGCAUUUGUCUCGGCGCUGCCAGAGUAUGAUCAGAAUGAAAAAAGUACUAUUUUUAGAUUUUUGGACACUUUGCUUUUUCGCUAGGUGGUAGAGAUUUAUCUGCAGAUUUAUUGUCUCUUUUCCCUUGUUUCCUUGGAAUAUUUAAUUCAUUUUGCAUUUGCAUUUAUCUGUCCAAAGUGCCAUGCUAUACACACACCAUAUUUCAUUCUGCGUAUGUGUAUAUCAGGCAAUCCAUGUUAUAACCUGGUGCUCAAUAGAGAGGUGAAAGGGUGCCAACAGACAA